UACACAGAGGAGAGGCGUGGGGUGGGUAGGGGGACCUUCCAUCCAUUAGUUCACUCCCCAAUUGGCCGCAAUGGCCAGAACUGUGCUGAUCCAAAGCCAGGAGCUUCUUCCGUGUCUUCCAUGUGGGUGCAGGGGCCCAAGGACUUGGGCCAUCUUCUACUGCUUUCCCAGGACACAGCAGAGAGCUGGAUCAGGAGCGGAGCAGCUGGGACUUGAACCGGCAUCCAUGUGGGAUGCUAGCACUGCAGGCAGUGGUUUUACCUACUACGCCACAGCGCCAGCCCCAAAGUGUGGAUUCUUUUCCCUUGAAUUUCUGACACUGCAUCAUGCUCUCAGUUGAUCUCAGUGACUUUUGUGGAAUCUUAAGCAUAUCAAAGGAAAAUAUGACUUUUGUUAAAAUCCUAGCAUCUGAACUGUGACUGCUCUGCUACCAAAUAACCCACCUAUUCGAAUGGGAACCUGAGAUUCACAAAGCUUUCUGUCCUCACACCCAGCAGGAUGUCUUGGGCAUAUUAUUUACUAAACAAAAUUGUUAUCUGAAUGUCUGUCACAACCUCCAAGUCUGAAAGUGACAAAUGAAAUACCCUCCUCUCCUUAGAGUUCUUCUUACCCAACUGUUUCCAGCAGUAAGCCUUUAUUAUUACACGUAACGCAGAAAUAACUCUGUUGAACAUGUUUUUAAAAAUCCGGAUACCCAAAUCUGUUAAAUUUAUUUCUUGUGCAACAAAUAUAUCCCAUCACUGCUUCUUGCAUGUGAAUCUUGAUCUUUAUUUUUAAAGGGAGCAGCAAGAAUCUUGACUCAUAUGGAAGAAAAUGCUUUUUAAAAAAAAUUUUAUUUGGUGCGCUUUAACGCCUGAUUAGAGUUGCUGGUAAAGCCAAGAGACUGUUUACGUAAUCGUUCCAGUCUAUUAUGUAGGUUUGCCAACCUAGAUUAAAGGGGGUAAAAAAAAAAAAAAAAAAGCAGUUCAAGUCCCACCUUUCGCAGUGAACAGCUGAUUCUGUUUUCUCUUUUUAGCCAAUGGUGAUCAAACAUUUCAGGAGGAAACUGGCUUAUUGCAGGAGUGACCAGGACACUACCUUCUGGAAGUAAUGCCCACAGAAAGCGGAAGUUGCUCAACUGCUCGCCAAGCGAAACAAAAACGCAAAUCACAUAGCCUUUCUAUACGAAGAACUAACAGCUCGGAACAGGAGAGGACAGGACUACCAAGAGAAAUGUUAGAAGGACAAGAUUCUAAACUACCUUCCUCAGUUCGCAGUACACUUCUGGAACUAUUUGGUCAAAUAGAAAGAGAAUUUGAAAACCUUUAUAUUGAAAAUUUAGAGUUACGAAGAGAAAUUGAUACUCUUAAUGAACGCUUAGCUGCUGAAGGACAAGCAAUUGAUGGAGCAGAACUUAGUAAGGGCCAACUCAAAACAAAAGCCAGUCACAGUACCAGUCAGCUUUCUCAGAAACUAAAGACCACUUACAAGGCUUCUACCAGCAAGAUUGUCUCUAGCUUUAAGACCACCACUUCGAGGGCUGUCUGCCAGCUUGUGAAGGAGUACAUUGGCCACAGGGAUGGCAUCUGGGAUGUUAGUGUUGCAAGGACACAGCCAGUGGUGCUGGGGACUGCGUCUGCUGAUCACACGGCUUUGCUGUGGAGCAUAGAGACGGGGAAGUGCCUUGUCAAAUAUACAGGCCAUGUAGGUUCAGUAAAUUCUAUAAAAUUUCAUCCCUCAGAGCAGUUGGCUCUCACUGCUUCUGGAGAUCAGACUGCUCAUAUUUGGAGAUAUGUGGUACAGCUGCCAACACCUCAGCCUAUUGCCGACCCUAGUCAACAAAUAUCUGGAGAAGAUGAAAUUGAGUGCUCUGAUAAAGAUGAACCUGAUAUUGAUGGAGAUGUGUCCAGUGACUGCCCUACCAUUCGAAUUCCACUGACAUCUCUCAAGAGCCACCAGGGCGUGGUCAUAGCUGCUGACUGGCUGGUUGGAGGCAAGCAGGCAGUGACAGCUUCCUGGGACAGAACAGCGAACCUGUAUGAUGUUGAGACAUCUGAACUUGUUCAUUCUCUGACAGGGCAUGACCAGGAGUUAACGCACUGUUGCACACACCCCACCCAGCGGCUCGUGGUGACCUCCUCCCGUGACACAACUUUCCGUCUCUGGGAUUUCAGGGACCCUUCCAUCCACUCCGUGAAUGUUUUCCAGGGACACACGGACACUGUGACCUCUGCGGUGUUCACCGUGGGAGACAACGUUGUUUCAGGCAGUGAUGACCGCACAGUCAAAGUCUGGGAUUUAAAAAAUAUGAGAUCCCCCAUUGCAACUAUUCGCACAGACUCUGCCAUCAACAGGAUCAAUGUAUGUGUUGGCCAAAAAAUCAUAGCUCUCCCCCAUGACAACAGACAAGUGCGAUUGUUUGACAUGUCGGGUGUGCGACUAGCACGGCUUCCCCGGAGUAGUCGACAGGGCCACAGAAGAAUGGUGUGCUGCUCAGCGUGGAGUGAAGAUCACCCCAUAUGCAAUCUAUUCACCUGUGGGUUUGAUAGGCAAGCCAUUGGCUGGAACAUCAACAUCCCUGCAUUAUUACAAGAAAAAUAAGGUUUCUGAUAUUUCUUAGUUUCAUGGUUUGCCAUGGACCUUUGACUCAUGCAGGCUUUUCUGCAUAUUAAUCAGCCAUUUUUGUGAGAGUUUGACCCUGGGAAGGGUGCUUUUUAUAUGUUCUUCUCACAUUGUGCCAGCUUGCAUGACAUGUACAGAAAAAUGAGUGGUCAUAUUUUUAUUUUUGUCUUGUGUGUAUAUAUUGGCAUCCUCUGGUCAGUAGAAGUGAAACUCACCUCCCAUGUAGCAGAUAAAUCCUUGUGAGUUGUUGACAUUUGACAGAUGAACAGUAGGGCAUUAUGUUUGUGUAAGUUAAAUGUGAACCUAUGUACUUAUUAUGAGGCAUAAGCAGUCUGUUGCAUUUUCUGGAAUAAUUAUACAUAUCUACCUUUUACUGGGAGGAUUGCAGAGCUACAUUUGCAUUGGCUAAUGAGUGGCAGGAAUGAUCAAAGAUUUCAUGUCUACUUCUGUAUGAAGUUUUAGCAUGUGCUAUGUGUAAUUCAGUUUUAACUCUAAUUUCCAUUACAUUCUGUAGAAAUAACUUGGAUAUUAGCAGUUAAAAAAAUAGCACAGAAUGUUGAGUUUGCAACAUUCUGAGAGUUUCUUUUGAAAAGAAAAAGUUUCUGCUCUUUUUAUAGAAAAUCAUUUCAAUCUCCUGAGGUCUCAUACUAACAAAUUCUAAAAUACAACGAUUCUAAUCACCAAUUUUAGAUAUUAAGCAAGAUUUAAAGCACUUUAGUUUAUAGCUGUGGUUAUAAACAGUUUUUAGCAGUUUCAAAUGAUUUAUCCACUGAAUGUGACUUGACCUUUAUAAGAAGGCUUGCUACCUGAAAACAAAAUCUUAUUUAUUUACUACAUUUUUGGUUUGCAUAUUUCUAAAUGGGUUCACUUCCUUGGUGGUAUUUGAGAGCCAACAAUGCAAACAAA